AAAAAGAAGAACAGAGAUUUUGAGAGAUGGCUAGUGCAAAAAAUAUUGCAACAUUUGCUAAUCCCUUCUUCAUGGGAAUGCUGUGCUUGGUUUUGCUUUUGACUUCAGGGGGAAUUAUGGGUGUUGCAGGUGAGGAAAAGCUCAUCCCCCAGGGGCCAUGUUCCCAGUUCAAGGAUUGCAACCAGCACUGUCUCGACAAUAAAUUUCCUUUGGGUGGAUUUUGCAAAGAGUUGAGUCCUGGUCAAACUUCCUUCUGUCUUUGCAAAUCCACUUAGGCAUGUUGCAGAUUUUGAGUUUGUACUGAAAUAAAUGGAUGAAUAAAGCCAUUAGAAUCUU